AUGAGGACCUUAGCUUGGAACUGUCGAGGUGCUGGCAGAGCCUCGACAGUUAGAGCUCUAAAGGAGCUUAUUCGUGAGUCAAAUCCGGAUAUUGUUUUCCUCUCCGAAACCAAAAUAAAAUCUAUGAGAACAAAUAAGAUUUGUGAUAGACUAAAGUUUGUAGAUUCUUGGUGUGUUGACGCUGAUGGGUUGUCUGGGGGUCUAGCGAUGUUUUGGAGAUCGGGUGUUGAAUUAGAAGUGGUCUUUUCAAAUAAAAACAUGAUAGUGGCGCUGGUUUAUUCAAACCCCCCUGAAGCUCCUUGGCUUCUUUUUGCUAUUUAUGGUCCAAUCCAAAGAUCCAAAAAAGGAAAAUUCUGGGGUUUGUUGGAGAAUAUGGUAUCUUCUUUUUCAGGGCCUUGGGUUGCAAUUGGAGAUAUGAAUUGCAUCAAACGUGCAAAAGAGAAACGUGGUGGAUGUGCAGUGGCCGAGAGUUCUGUUUGUUAUCUCAGAGAUUUCAUGGCUAAUACAAGUGCUAUUGAUUUGGGUUUUUCAGGUCCUUCCUUUACUUGGUCAAAUAGGAGAGAAGGUUUGGCCAACAUUAAAGAAAGGUUAGACCAAUGUUUAUGUGAUCAAGAGUGGCAAUCUUUAUUCCCAAAAGCAGGGGUCAGACAUUUGUGUAGUUCUAACUCGGAUCAUAACCCGAUUAUGCUGGAUACAUUCCUGGACGCUGAUAUUUUGACUCGGCCGUUUCGUUUUGAAGCGAUGUGGACUAAGGAAGAGGAAAGUAGAUUGGUUGUGGAAAAUGCUUGGCAUUGCAGGGUUGAUGGCUCUCAAGGCUUUAAAUUAGUCAAAAAGUUAACUGUGACUAGCCAUGAGCUAAAGCGCUGGAACAAAAGCACCUUUGGAAAUUCAAAGGAAAAAAUUCAGGGCCUCAAAGCCAAAAUUGCUGUGGUCCAACAAUUUCCCCCCACAAGAGAGAAUUUGGAACUUGAAGCUUCCCUUAAUUUAGAGCUUGACGAAUGGCUAGAUAGAGAAGACAUAAGGUUACGUCAGAUGUCUAGGGAAUUGUGGGUUAAAGAGGGUGACCGAAACUCAAGGUUUUUCCAUCUCUCAACCAUAAUUAGAAAACGAAGAAACUGCAUCUCGGAAAUCAAGCUUGAUGAUGGUACUUGGAUAAGAGAACGGAGGGAAAUUCAAAACUAA